AUGGAAAAAGGCGACAAUACUACAGAGUACAAAGAGGAAGAUGAGCAACCUCAGCCGGAAAUGCUGCUGCAGCAAGUACAACAACUGCGGUUGCGGACGCAGCUGCAGGAACCGCGGCAACCGCAGCCGCAGUCGCAGGAACUGCGGCAACCGCAGCCGGACCUGUUGCUGCAGUUGCAGCAGCAAAUACUGGAUAUAAAAAAUAAAAUCGAAAUGUUGAAACAUGAUGGAUAUAUCACGGCACAGGCACAGCGGUCGCCGCUCGUUAACUUGUACGAGCCUGAUGAGCCACAGGAACAUAUAUCAAUCAGGUCCAUAGAGCGACUACGAAUUCGCCACAGGCGCAGAAGAUUAAACAGGCUGCGGCGCCAGAAUAUACAAGUAGAAGCUCGCGGUCGCGGUCGCCGUCGAGGUCGCGGUCGCCGUCGAGGUCGCGGUCGCAAUAGCACAGGACCGACAAUUAAUUUUAAUUAUUAUUAA